AUGGCCGAGAGCGAGAUUGAAGGCCUUAGCGCAGGCCUCGCGAAUAUUCACGUAGGGGCCUCAGCCGAGAAUGCGCCUGGUCGCGCACGGGCUGAGACACCCAACAGCAUAGCAGCGACUUCAAUACAUUUUGCCGCAUCCACCGAGAGUCAGAAACCAUCGAAUCCAAUCAGUUUCACGCCUUCCAAGGAUAAAAACCAUCGGCGGGUCGACUCUCAGCAUGGUGGUAACAGCAUCCUUGAUCUCAGAUUGCAGCCUUCCCAGUCCCAAGAAGAUGUGGAAAGCGUACAUGAAAGUCUUAAGGAGUUGUCAGCGCAAAUCGGAGAGAUACACGCUCAACUUGAGGGUUAUACAGCUUCUGGGUUACUCCAACGAAAACAACGCAUCGAUAGGAGUAAUGAACUGAGAGCCGAGAUCCGACAGUGUCAAGACAAGAUCAAGUAUCUAGAGGAACGGGACAGCAUGCGAGAGAUGGAACUUGACGGGAGAACUUCCAAUAUACUCGACAACAUACACUUCGAGAAGUCCCAUAGAAGUGACCUGGUGAUGGAAGUCGUUAUGUCAAGGACGUUCACCUUUUCCAAAAAACGGUUCUGGGAACAGGGACAGUAUGGUGAAAGUCGCGACUACGCCGCUAUUGGUUGCAUAAGAAUUGGUGGACGUUUGUACAUUGCCAAAGCUGGCAUGACACGAGAGGACUUCGGCGACUUCAUCAACAGUGAUCAUUGGACCACGGAAGCUGUGCGUCUUUCCAAGAAAAUUGGUGCACCGAGACACAGGAAUGACGCGACCCAUGUAGAGCCACAAUUGAUGGCUUUUUACAUUACUCGCACACUAGCGGAGUCAGAACACGAGCUAGAAGACUUCAGCAAUACGUCAAUAUUUCCUGAUAAGAAGAGCUGUGCAGAACUCAAACGAGUCAUCAUCAACGUUAGUCAAAGAAUCUGCCCCGGAUGUAUAGGCUUUGCGAUCAGCGUCAAUCGAUUUGCGAAGAACCAUGGAUUCGAAUUUGUGCCCACAUACAAGAAAAAGGAUACCUAG